AAUAGGAAAUCUGUGCCGCUAGCUAACGUCUCGCAGCUGUAGCCAGCGAGUGUAACGGCCGGAAAAGACGCGCGGUCCCCGGCUUACACGAUAACAGAACUGUCGGAAGAUUCUGAACAUUUUAAGGGGAAAGUUUGCACUGAGCGAUCCCUGCUGGAAGCCUUUUUGGACGUUACCCGACGACAAUGCCCUCGUCUAAAUAGCUGUUGUGGAGGUCGAGGAUGGCCGCAGACGUGGAUAAAACAACUCCCGAGGAUGGGAGCAGAAUUUCGCCACAGAAUGUGCAUCGGAGUCCGGGUUCUGGAUCCUGGAUCUCCAAGCGGCUGUGGACUCUUCUUCUUGUCGGUGCCGUCCCUCUUCUCGCUUUUGGGAUCAAGUAUUACCAAGAUGCCCUGCUCCUCAAACGCCAUGAGGAGAGCGUUCGAACUCUGGGUGCAGAGGGGCUUUUUCUUUUCUCCUCCUUAGACACCGACCAUGACCUUUAUCUCAGUCCGGAGGAGUUCAAGCCCAUUGCUGAGAAACUCACAGGAAUUACACCCCCAGUGGAUUUUGAAGAGGAAGUGAUCCAGGACCCCAAUGGAGAGACUUUAACCCUGGAGGCUAAAAUGCAGCCUCUGCUGCUGGACUCCAUGACAAAAAGCAAGGAUGGAUUCCUCGGGGUGUCUCACAGCUCUCUGAGCGGGCUGCGCUCCUGGAAGAGCCCAGCAGUGCCUUCUUCGUCCUUCUCCGCCAGCCAGUUCAGGGUCUUCUUGCCCCCAAAGAAUAAGGUCGAGGUGGGAGACACGUGGUGGGUGAUUCCGAGCGAGCUCAACAUCUUCACCGGGUACCUGCCCAACAACCGUUACCACCCUCCCUCACCGAAAGGCAAAGAGGUUCUCAUCCACUCCUUGCUGAGCAUGUUCCACCCUCGGCCCUUCAUCAAAUCACGCUUUGCUCCUCAGGGCACGGUCGCCUGCAUUCGGGCCAGCAACGAUUUUUAUUAUGACAUCGUCUUCAGGAUUCAUGCUGAAUUCCAGCUCAACGAUGUCCCAGACUUUCCGUUCUGGUUCACGCCGGGGCAGUUCACCGGCAACGUCAUUCUGUCUAAAGACGCAUCCCACGUCCGCCACUUUCACCUCUACGUCCCCAAUGACCGGUCUCUGAACGUGGACAUGGAGUGGCUGUAUGGGGCCAGUGAGAGCAGCAACAUGGAGGUGGACAUCGGAUACCUGCCACAGUUGGAGCUGCAGUCCGCAGGCCCAUCCACCCCCUCCAUCAUCAUGGAUGAGGAGGGCAACAUCAUCGACAGGCGAGACGGCGGCAGCGAGCCGAUCCAGUUCGUCUUCGAGGACAUCCACUGGGCCUCAGAGCUCAGUCGGCAAGAAGCCGCUCGACGCCUGGACGUCACCUUCUACCCCUUCAAGAGGGUGUCCUACCUGCCUUUUUCAGAGGCCUUCGAGCGAGCUGAAGCAGAGAAUAAGCUGGUGCAUUCCAUUCUGCUUUGGGGAGCAUUAGACGACCAGUCCUGCUGAGGUUCGGGGCGAACUCUCCGGGAGACAGUCCUGGAAAGUUCGCCCGUCCUGGCCCUGCUCAACCAGAGCUUCAUAAGCAGCUGGUCUCUGGUCAGAGAGCUGGAGAACAUGCAGGCUGAUGAGCAGAACCGUGCGUUGAGUGAAAAGGCUCGAUUACACCUGGAGAAGUACAACUUUCCUGUGGAGAUGAUGGUGGCGCUCCCUAAUGGGACUAUCGUCCACCACAUCAAUGCCAACUUCUUCCUGGACCAGACGGCCAUGAAACCAGAGGAGGAAGGGGCAACAUUCAGCUUCUCUGGGGGGUUUGAGGACCCUUCCACAUCCACUUAUAUCAGCUUCCUGAAGGAGGGGUUGGAGAAAGCCAAGGAGUACCUGGCACAGUAAUUUGUGUGUGGAGGAAAUGAGUCAUUCCUCUGGGAUCCAAGAUAAGGAAAAAAACCCUCCAACAAUUAUGUAGAGACGCUUUCUCAUCAGUGUUGGCAGCUGAAAAACGUUUUUUGCCUUCUAUCCUCUUUGCUACUAUUUAUUUGGGCGUCUGUCUCUUGGUCAGAAAGUUUUCUAAACCGUUUGUAUUGCGACAAAACGUCCGUAGAAAUGAACAACAGGGAAAUAUUGCCUCUCAAACCCACUGUUUCUCUCUAUCUAGUGUAUUUUAAUGAGGCACGAAUGCUUUGCACACUCAGCAGUAACAAACGUGUAAACACAUUUAGAUCUGCUCUCUCUGCUUGUACCGCGUGAUACCGUGUAGACAGAAGCCGAAUCCUACAUGCACCAUAGCGCAGGAAACAUGCCGCAGUGCUUCUUUUGUUCCCCGGUGUUGCAUGUGCAAUAUCUAACGAGUGGGUCCCCGUGCUGCUGAGCGCACCCAGAGACGGAGCCGGUGCAGCCGUUGCCUUUCCAGCAGCGUUUCAGCAGUUUGUGAAGACGUCGCCUUAAAGCUCCCUCUGGGCUGGGCGACGCCUGAUGUCAUUGCUGAAGCUGCUGGAGGGAACGCCCUCCUCCGACUCGGGGGACGAAAGCAGCAGGGGAGGCCAAACUGGACCGUGGCACAUAAAAUGAUUAUUUCAGUUAUUCUCGCGUAUUAUGAGUUUGAAACCAAAUGUUUAAAAUGUUGCAGAUUUUCUGUUUUUCAGACAACGUGACCACACCAAAGACCAUAUGGAAAUCUAAUAGGUUGCUUGCCACUUGGUUCGUAUUUAUGCAUUAUGUGUUAUUAUGUAACCAAAUGGUCACGUGUUUGCAAAACUGUUGGAUUCUUGAAGUGAGAGGCACGUGAUACAGUGGACUAUUGUUGUCCUCUUUAGGCUCCUGUCAAAAUAAUGUGUUUUCUUCUGGACGAGAGGAAAAAAAAGAUGAAACCCUGGACCUAAUGUUAGUGCAUUUUCACAAUAUCUCUCAUUUUAACUUUUUCCAGUGAGACAAAAAGAAACGUUUCCUCUUCAGGGCCUCUUGAUGAAGAACACAGGGAUCAAGAACACUAAUUUUAAACGGUAACAGUGAAAUUUGAUAAAUGAGGAGGAACAAUAAGUUGACGUGUGACUUUGUAAAAGUGUAAAGAGAAGUCCACUCCACGUGAAGCAUCUGACAUUUGGAGCCUUUAGGGGGAAAACACUGUUAUUCUGUCAGCUACGAGUGCCAUGUUUUUCAUAAAGGUGAAAUAAAACCCUUUUUGUACAAA